AUGUUUUCGGAGUAUGCAUCGAGGUUCUUAGCCCAGUCACAAUCCAGGCUAUCGAACUUCGGACAAGCCGAUAACAACGACAAUCCUCCACGACAAUCAGAGUGGCCAUCCCGCUCCACACGGAAUCAGCGCGAAACAGGACGAGGAAAUGGACCAAGUAGAUCUUUCUUGGGUCGAGGCUAUGGAGGAAACCCAUAUCAACAAACCGGCGCCGGGUCUCGGUUUGGUCAAUUAGCUUUCCCAUCGCGCAUAUCAGCUGCCCAGGAUGCACCACUAUUCCACAGCACUUUGGACGAAUUCCGGGAAGAGGACGACGAGGAAGAAAGGGAUCGCGAGGCUGCUGAUAUGUUUGCUCUCCAGAGGUCAAGACGGGUAGCAGCUGCAAGCAAACUCGCCGAUAGUGUUGAAUCUGACACCCAUAGCCGGGGUUCUUUGGAGGACAGCUUAAACCAGGAGGAUCCAUAUCGGGAUAUGAGCAUGCGCCGCGGUAUUCGAAGCAGCUGGAAUGGAACGAGAAGCACUCACCGCCCAGGACUUGCGAGAGAUACCAUAGGAGAAGAAGCCGAAGACGAUGCUCGUUCAAGUCUAGACCGAGACAGUAGUCAGGGAACCGAUGCUAAAGGCAAAAUGGUUGACGUUGGACUCGAGUCGCAAGAUGAUCCAGAUGAGGACCCUCCGGCUUCGCUUUUGGGAGGACAAACUCCACGAGAAAGCAGCCCUCCGGCUUUCCAGCAAUUUAAGGGCACAGAUACGGAACGAACACCAUUCAUGACGAGGCGAGAGUCUACGACAGAGACCGAUGCCAGUAUACAGCGAGGUGCCCCCCAGGAGGGAGAGCCUGUACAAACGACAUUUCAAUACAUCGAGGGUGAAAUCUUUCGACAUGAUCCUUUCUUCGCUUGGAUCUUCUUAAUCAGUCUUGCUGGCAUGCUCUCGACAUUCUUCUUGGUAUGGCUUCACACAUCACCACGGCAAAGCCCGGUCGGCGACACCAUCUACACUACACUACAAAAGUCAUUCCAUAUGCUUGCGGUGGAUACAGUAGUGGCCGUGUUUGUAUCGUUCAUUUGGCUGGCAGCCCUACGAUCGUUUGUGCGGCCUCUGGUCAGCGUGAUCUUGAUUGCGGUGCCAGUCAUCCUGUUUUCCUUUUCGAUAUACUCCUUUGUGUCGUCCUUCAAAGGCCGAUGGCACGGAAGCAGUUUCCAGGAUUCGGUUAUGAGAUGGGCUUCUAUAAUCCCUGCAAUCUCUUGCAUAUUAUGGAUCUGGCUUGUAGUACGAGGACGACGCGCCAUCCAACAGGCGAUUGAGAUUCUUCAGUUUUCCAGUCGUAUUCUAGCCCAGAACUCAGCGCUGCUGUUCGUUGGAUUUGGAUGUUUGGCCUUGAUUGUCGUGUGGACCUGGGCAUGGCUCGCUAUGUUUACCAGGGUCUUCAUGGGCGGUCAUUUCAGCAAGUCCAUGCUCCGCUUCGUAAUUCAGCUUUCAAGCUGGUGGCUAGGGGCUGCAUUCAUCUUCCUUUACAUGUGGACGGUCUCGGUGAUCAAUGCUGUUCAUCGAGCUACCACAGCCGCAACAGUAUCCCAGUGGUACUUUCAUCGUAAUGCCGGGCCUGCUACGCCUUCGCGCGAGAUUGUUUCGGCUGCUCUCAACCAUGCCCUCACGACCAUUUUUGGCAGUCUCUGCGAAUCAACACUUUUGUCUCUGCUGAUUCGAGCACCUCUGAUUUUCCUACCCAGGAAACUGGGAGCUACCGUCACAAACAUUGCUUCAUUUUGGAUCCCAACGCCGGUCAUUGCGCUAAUGAAUCCUCUGACCAUUACUUAUUCUGCUAUACAUUCUCAGAAUCUUGCUACUUCGGCCAGGGGCCUGGAUCAGAUGGAGCUUGUAUCCCCGACGGUUCCUACAACUACAUUGACGCCUCGAUCUUUGCGAAACCGCGGACAACCUAAUGGACUUUUGCCCUAUCGACUUGCCAAACUGUUGCUUGUGGCAACACGCCUUAUCAUGGCCACUGGUCUUGGUUUUGCAGGCUGGGUAAUUACCGCUAAGCAGCUUCGAAUUCAGCUGCCAGAUGGCGUGGGUGUCCGAGGCUCUGCUUAUGCCUAUGUCGUUGGUAUGAUGGCCAGUUUCAUUGGAUACUCUGUUAUGGGCGCGAUGGAAGGCAUCUUGAGCGGUAUCGUCGACGCAGUUUUGAUCUGCUACGGCAGCGAACGACGCAUGGAAAGAGGACAUGGACGAUUUUGUCUCGAGGCAGCAUAUCUGUUUGGAGAGCGCCGAGGAGGCGACACACUGGAGUACGCAUGA